ACUCAUCCCAGGGUGAUUGGAAUGGCAACAUCGCAUGAACUUCUAAAUAUAUGGAAUGGAAUGAAAGAGAGAAAAAAUUGUUUGACAGUGGAAGUCUUGCACCAGAAACCGUAUUAGCCUGCCCACCGACUGCGGAAGGUUGGCUCCUUGGAAUGAUCAAAGAAGGAAGUUCUGUAUGGGAAAAGAUUGUGAAUGAGGCUGCAAGGACGAUCCCGGGAAGAGAAAAUGGCGGAAAUUGUGAUAUCAAAAACCUCAGUAGAGGUUCAAAAGUAUACCUUCCAGUGUUUUUCGAUGGCGCGAAUCUAAGUACAGGUGACAUGCACUUCUCUCAGGGUGAUGGUGAAGUUUCAUUCUGUGGAGCAAUAGAAAUGAGUGGAUUCCUUUAACUCAAGUAAGCAUUUGCUCAAUUCUAUCAACUAAUCUUAGUAUCUCCAUUGCCAUUUUCAAUCAGGUCCCUGUCUUAUUUAUUAUUUGUUUAUAUAUUGUUUCCAUUAUUUAAGUUUUUCUCUUUUUCUUAACAUACAUAUA